AUGUUUUUCAGUAAAGCUAUUCAAGUUGCACGAGAGCCAAUUAAUCCCGGAUCUUCGGUAUCGGGGGAAUCAUUCAAAUUAUUCGGAUUAUUCAAAUUGCGAUUGCAAUUAAUCGAGGCGUGCACGGGUUAUUCAAAGCUCGAGAUUCAAGUCAUAUACCCGUUGUCGCGUCGUGCCGUAUCGCGCAACGUGCGACGUAAUUUCCAACCCCUGUUGCAGGUCUCGCUCGCCCUCGGACUGGAAGCGGGCGGAUGGGGCGCGCUGGUGGAACGGACGAGCGCGCACGGAGGCGCCGGCGGCGGCAGCAUCCUCGGCCAUGGCGGCUUCACCGGCCUGGCCGGACUGGCGCGUCGCUGCGGCGUCUGCCUGGCGACGUUCCCGUCGCCGUGGCUGCUGGAGCGGCACGCGUUGCUGCAGCACGCCGGCCAGACCAGCGACGACAAGCCGUUCACCUGCGAGCAGUGCGGCCAGCGCUACCGCUACCGGUCCGCCUACGUCAAGCACCGCGAGCAGAACCACCGCGCGCGGCUACCGGCCGACAAGCUCUUCACCUGCGACGUAUGCGGCAUGCAGUUCAGGUAUCUAAAGUCCUUUAAAAAGCACCGUCUCAACCACGCGCUUGAGCGGCUGCAGCGCGCGCCCGAGCCGCAGAGCAGCGUCGUCGUCGUCUCGGCGCCGGCCGAGCGCAGCGAUCAGGUCUCGAGCACCGGCGAGCCGUCCCAGGUGGAGACCGGCAGCGACACCACGACGAAUCCCGGCGACGCCGAGGAGAUGCGCGGGGUCUUCUCCGAGGGCGCCCGCGGUGACGAGAGCGUCUCGGAGACCGCGAGCGUUCAGGAGAAUCCCGGCGAUACGGUGGAGGUGCAGAUGACGGAGACCACCGCCACCGGGACCGGCGGGGUCAGCGUCAGUGGCGGUGGUACCAGCGAGGCCGGCGACGUGGACGACAACGCCGUCGACGACGAUCGGCACGAGCCAAGCGAGGCGAUGAUCGGCCUCGCGCGCAGCGUCACCCGCGAGGCCGAUCGUCGCGAGCGCCGCUUCGCCUGUCCGUUCUGCGGUAAGUGCGUGAGGUCCAAGGAGAAUCUGAAGCUGCACGUGCGCAAGCACACCGGCGAACGACCGUUCGUCUGCCUGUUCUGCGGUCGCGCCUUCGGCGGCAAAAGCGACCUGACGAGGCAUCUGCGCAUUCACACCGGCGAGCGGCCGUAUCACUGCGAGAUGUGCGGCAAAUGCUUCGCCCGGGCCGACUAUCUCUCCAAGCAUCUCACCACGCACAUCCAUCAGCGCUAA